AUGUUGGUUCAAGUGGCAGAAAUCUUCAACGAAACAGCACAGCAAACCUUCAUGGGUGGAUUGGAUUUCCAUGGGGUCACAUACAACCUCUUUUCUCACGGUUUCUGGAAUGGGGUCCAUUACUGGACCAAGAUUCUCAAGGACAUCGGCGGCAUCUCAGGUGUUUGGAUUCACAACAACCGACAGAAUGGGGGUAUAGCUUGGCUGAUCAGUCCAGAUCAUAGCACUCUUGCUGGACCGGCUCCCCACACAAGCUGGGUGUUUUACUCCCAACCUUGGACUCCCAGUGAGGAGGAAUGUGUGGUCGAGAGCACUGCGAAGAUCUCCCGAGACAACAAGGGUGCAUGGGCUUUGAUGCCUUUUGCCCAUCUGGGCAAGCUCCUCAACACCCCAAGUGAUCCUGUCCCUCCAAGAAUCAAUGUUAUGGAUGUCGCAGAUAAGGAAAAAAUUGCUUUUGGCGGAAAGCCCGUGGACAAUGCAGAGGUCACUCCGAUGAUUGGGAGUUUGACCAGUCAAACUCAAACUCAUGUAAGCACUACAUCUGGCAUUCUUAAAUGGAAACCCUCUGGGGAGUUCAGGAUACGUUUGAAAUGCCCGAAGGCCCACAAUGGGCAGCAGACAACUGGUGAUGGUCAGAAGGUUGGAGUCCAAGAGGAAACUCACAAAGUGUCCAUGAAAGUCGAAGUUGAUCAAGAUCAACUGGUCUCAGGCAAGAAGACCAGCAAGAAAACCAUCCAGCCAAAGAAGAAUGAUAGUCCCCCAAAACCAAAAAAUAUCAAGCCAUGUCGGGCAGGGAUUCGAGCAAGUACCCGGAAAGCAGCUUCUCAAAUGUUAUAA